CUGUUAAUCGCAUUGUUGAUCCGAAAGCUUAGCGCGGACGGCGCCUCAUCUUCCAGUGUUCAAAAUGGCGGAUGAGCAGGAGCUGGCGCGAGUAGAGGCUCUCUGCCAGCAGAUUUACCAAGGCGCUGAUGCUGCUGAGAGAGUCCAGGCGGAAAAUCAGCUGGCCGAGUUCUGUUGUGGCACCUCGCCCGACUGCCUUCAGCGAUGCAGGCUGCUCCUGGACAGAUCACAGAACUCUUACGUGCAGCUGCUGGCAGCCACUACACUGAACAAGCUUGUUUCGAAACACCCUGGAUCCCUCAGCUUGCAGCAGCGAUUAGAAAUGCGGAACUACAUCUUGUCUUACCUGUGGCAAAGACCGAAAAGCGCUGCAUUUGUGACCCAGGCUUUGGUGCAGCUUUUUGCACGACUUACCAAAUUGGGUUGGUUUGACUCCGACAAGGAAGAUUUUGUUUUCCGUAGUGUCAUCCGCCAAGUGCAGUCCUUCUUGCAAGGAUCAGUUGAGUACUGCGUGGUUGGUGUCCAGCUGCUAUCACAGCUAACAUCCGAGAUGAAUCAUGUUACUGAGGCUGAAGCAAAUCGAAGUCUCACCAAACAGCGCAAAAUUGCGUCAUCCUUUCGCGACAGCCAGCUUUACGACAUUUUUCAAUUGGGGUGUGAUUUACUAAGGAGAGCACUGGAAUCGUGGAAAGCUCAAAUGACAUUCAGUGAUGAUACACAGCAGCAACUGAUGAGCCAUCUGCUGCGAUUGGCACACAACUGCCUCAGCUUUGACUUCAUUGGCACAAGCCCAGAUGAGUCUUCGGAUGACCUCUGCACUGUUCAAAUUCCAACAGGCUGGAGGCCUGCCUUUCUUGACUAUAAUACAUUGCAGCUUUUUUUUGACUUGUUCCACUCUCUCCCAGUCAACCUUAGCCCACUGGUACUUACUUGCCUGGUGCAGAUUGCAUCAGUGCGCCGGUCACUGUUCAACAAUGCUGAGCGAGCUAAAUUUUUAUCCCAGUUGGUCACUGGUGUUAAGCACAUCCUGGAAAAUCCCCAGAGCCUUUCGGAUCCAAACAGCUACCAUGAGUUUUGUCGGCUUCUUGCUAGGUUGAAAUCAAACUACCAGCUUGGAGAACUGGUCAAAGUGGAAACAUAUCCUGAAACAAUUGCUCUUAUUGCCAAGUUUACUGUGACAAGUCUCCAGAUGUGGCAGUUUGCACCUAACAGUGUCCACUAUCUUCUGAGCCUUUGGCAACGCAUGGUAGCAUCUGUGCCCUAUGUAAAAGCAUCUGAGCCCCAUUUGUUGGAUGCCUACACGCCGGAAGUGACCCGGGCCUACAUCACUUCACGGCUAGACUCUGUCAGCCAAGUCCUGAGAGAAGGCCUAGAAGACCCAAUGGAAGACAUGGGAAUGGUGCAGCAGCAACUGGAUCAAUUAUCAACUAUUGGCCGCUGUGAAUAUGAGAAGACCUGUGCCCUGUUGGUGCAGCUUUUGGACCAAUCUGCUCAGGCAUACAGGGAAGCUGGAAAUCAAGGGGCUCCAGCCCUUGACUUGGCCAUUUUCGAAGGACAGCUUUCUUGGUUGGUGUACAUCAUUGGCGCUGCCAUAGGUGGCCGUGCUUCAUUCUCAACAGCUGAUGACCAUGAUGCAAUGGAUGGGGAACUGGUCUGCAGGGUUCUGCAGCUGAUGCAGCUGAGAGACUCUCGACUCCCCUUGGGUUCGUGCUCUGGAGAAAGGUUGGAGCUGGCUCUACUGAGUUUUUUUGAGCAGUUUCGCAAGAUCUACGUUGGUGACCAAGUUCCAAAAACAUCCAAGGUGUACCGUCGUCUAUCAGAGGUCCUUGGUCUCUCAGAUGACUCCAUGGUGCUGAGUGUGUUUGUUCGUAAAAUUAUAACCAACUUGAAGUAUUGGAGCUACAGUGAUGCUAUUGUGAGCAAGACACUUCAGCUGUUGAGUGACCUGAGUGUUGGCUACUCAUCAGUGAGGAAAUUGGUGAAACUGGAGGAAGUUCAGUUCAUGCUCUCCAAUCAUACCAGCGAGCACUUCCCCUUUCUUGGCCACAACAGUGACAACAGGAGUCCAUGUCCUACAACUUCAAGUGCAGCAGGAACUGCUGGUGGAGGCCGAGAAAGAGGCAUGGACAUGCGCUGCCGUUCCACAUUCUACACCUCCUUGGGCCGACUACUUAUGGUUGAGCUGGGUGAAGAUGAGGAACGCUUCAUUCAAUUCAUGCGGCCCCUCACUGCUGCAUUUGAAGCUGUUGGUGCUGCACUGGCCAGUGCAGAUUCCGCUCUGUUCAAUGCCGACGAGGCCAAGAAAAUGUUGAUUGGUCUUGCCCGUGACCUGCGCGGCCUGGUGUUCGCCUUCAAUACGAAAACUAGCUAUAUGAUGCUGUUUGAAUGGAUUUAUCCGGCAUACUUCCCAAUUCUGCACCGGGCAUUGGAGCUGUGGUACCAUGACCCAAGUGUGAGCACACCAGUGCUUAAACUCGUAGCAGAACUUGUACAGAACCGAUCGCAGCGCCUUCACUUCGACGUCUCUUCACCCAAUGGCAUCUUGUUAUUUCGUGAAACGUCUCGAACAAUGGUUUUAUAUGGCACAUGCAUCUUAACACUGGGUCAAGUUCCAAAGGACCAAAUCUACAAGUUGAAAUUGAAGGGCAUAGCCAUCUGCUUUAGUAUGCUGAAGAGUGCACUGUGUGGAGGUUAUGUAAAUUUAGGUGUGUUUUCACUGUAUGGAGAUUCUGCAUUGGAUGAUGCAUUGGGGAUAUUUGUUAAACUGCUGCUGUCAAUACCGCAGCCGGACUUAUUGGACUACCCUAAGCUGAGUCAAGCCUACUAUGUGCUGCUUGAGUGCUUGGCACAGGACCACAUGCAUUUCCUGAGCAACCUAGAGCCUUCUGUGUUCCUUUACAUUCUGUCAUCUGUCUCUGAAGGAUUGACUGCCCUAGAUACAAUGGUAUGCACAGGAUGCUGUGCAACACUAGACCACAUAGUGAGCUUCCUCUUUCGGCGCUUGUCGAAGGGGUCUUCAAAAGGACCGCCUGAGCCCUGCCUUCGUGUCCUGGAGCUGCAUCCUGAAAUAUUGCAACAGAUGCUCAGUACCAUCUUGAACAUUAUCAUGUUUGAAGACUGCCGCAAUCAAUGGUCUAUGUCACGACCCUUGCUUGGACUCAUUCUGCUCAACGAGGAAUACUUCGGCCAGCUGCGUCAAAGUCUAGUUAGCAGUCAGCCUGUUGACAAACAGGCAACCAUGUCACAGUGGUUUGACUCGCUCAUGGAUGGCAUUGAACGAAAUUUGCUCACCAAGAACAGGGAUAGGUUUACGCAGAACCUGUCUGUUUUUCGGAGGGACAUCAACGAUUCUCUGAAAGGCCCGGCAUCCCUGGAGAUGAUGACAUAGCACAUCUUUACAUUGGAGACGCCUGACUGCUGCCACUGCUCUUCUAGUAUUUGGUCAUCAUGGCUUAUCGAUCUUUGUCCUAUUGGAGAAUGAAAAUUUCAAUCAUGCUUAAAGUUCUUGGAAGAAGCAGCAAUUGAAAAUUAAAAUUUUCUGAAUUCGGUCUGCUAGUGUGAUGUUUAUAAGCAGUUACUACAAUUUCGUGUCUUAAUGAGGCUUUUAAGAUGUUUUUCUGUACUGUUUGUGUCAAAAGCUCUGCUGGUGUGAAUAUUUUGCUAGCAGUUAAAGGUCAUGAUCUGUCCUGAUGAAAUAUGUAUAAGAAUAAAGUGGUUAUUUUGUAAGAUUGUUUUUGUACUUUCUGGUGUGCAUUUAACUCUCAAACUUUUUUUUUAUUGAAAAUAUUUUUUAGGAUUGAGUAGUUCUGUAAUGUUUAUGUGUGGUCGAAUGAAAAGCACUGGUGUACUGUUGUCAUUUGUUUUGAAAAUAAAUACUGAAAGUGAAUAAUUCUUUGUGAGAAUUUUGCUGUUUUUAGACGAGAUGAAUGUAGUUUGCAUUGUUUGAGCAGGUUGUUUGCUUUUCUGUUUGUAUGUGUAGCAUACGUGUGAAUGACUGUAUAUUUUUUUUUAUGGAGGAAGCCAGUUAUCAGAAGCAAGGCUGGUCAGGUGCCACAUCUUGCAACUUUUUUUUUUCAUUUUUUUUGCACCCUUCUUUUAUUUGCAUGAAGGAUAUCUGUGCCUGCUGUCAGUGAUUGCCUAUUCAGUGGGGUAUAAAUAAUAGAAUGGCAGGGAAAGAAUGUAGGGCCUAUGAUUGUUCAUUGAAUGCUUUAUUUAAGCACCUUUUUGUUGGACUGAUGCUGUGUACAUAGCCAAAACAAAAGAAUAUUUGCUGGGGUUGGCAGGUGCAGUGAUUUAUUUAUUUUGAAUGUCUUGUCGUGGUACCCUGUUUUUUAUUUUUAUACUUUUUUUUCUGUUAUAAAUCUUCAUUCCAAUGGAACAUGUGCUGAUAUUUUUUUACCCAGAAUUGUACAUAAAUAAAAUGAUGUAAAUAUAA